AUGCCUGCGUCAACGACGCAAGAAGCAUUAAUAACUGAAAAUGAUAGUAUUCAGAAGGAGGCAUCAUCAAAUAAAUUAGUUAAUCGUGCUCUAUCAACAUUAGAUACAGAUGAAUUUUCUAACCUUAUUCAAGAACAAUAUGGAGCGUACUGGGGUGCACUUAAAUUUGAAGAUUCUCUUGGUGAUUAUAUAAAUGAUGCUCGACCAUUUCUUUACAUUGAUGAUAAUGUUGAUAUGCAAGUUCUACGUCAAUUCAUGAUAAACGAAUGGAAAUUACAAACACCAAAUAUAGUCAUACCUAUCCUUAGUACUAUAACACGUCAUAAGCCAUUUAAAAAUCUUAAAAUGGUUGAAACAUUAAAAAGUGGAAUUAAAAAUGCUGCAAACGCAUCUGAAGUAUGGUUCAUAACAAAUGGACUCGAUGUUGAUAUGCCACAAUUAAUUGGAUCUGCUUUUCGAGAUGAAAAUUCAUUAAGACGAGCUGAUGAUGCAUGGACAAAACAAGCAGAUCGACCAACAAAAAACCGUAAAGCACUAACGUUAAUUGGUAUUGUUUGUGACGAUGAAAUAAAAGAGUUUAUUGAUUUUAAACAUAGAAAAGAGCAAUCACAAGUAGUUAAAGUACCGGCACGUAAGCGUGAUCAAUUAUCGUUAAAUAGUGAUCAUACACAUUUUAUUGUAAUUCGUGAACAACCAAUUGGUUCUAGUUCAAUGAAUAAUUCAGAAAACAAGCCUAUAAAAAUAGAUACUAGCGAUAAUAAGCUAGAAAAACUAACUGAUUCAGCUGGGAGUGCUACAAAUAAAUUUCGUGAGCAUUUUGAAAGUUUUCUACAUCAAGAAACAUCUCAAGCUGGAUCGUCACAAACGACAACUGACGAUGCAGAUAAAAAACGUAGUCCAUGGAGUCAAGAUGGCUUUCCGAUGGUGUACACAUUAGUUCGUGGUACACCAGGAACAAUCGAACUUUUAUAUAGAAAAAUUCAACACGAAAUUCCUGUUGUUGUUCUUAAAGGAACUUCAUCUGCUGCUGAUAUUAUUGCAUUUGCGUACGAAGAAAUUAGUUCUAAAUCCGAAAGAGAAAAUGAAGAUAAUUAUUUAAAAGUUGAAUUAGCUCGACGUAUACUUGAAGAAUUUCCUGCAUUGAAAGAUAAUAAUGUUAAACGAAAUGAAAUCCGUAAUCAUGUUAUCUCAAUCGUUAAAAGCGCAGAUCAAGGAAAAAGAAAAUUUCUUACAUUCGUUGAUGUUAAUAGUGCAACAGCAUCAUUGAGUGAUUUUCAUAAAUAUAUUCUUUCAGCUCUUUUACAAUCUCAAAAAACAGUAUCGGGUAGUAAAGUUAAUGUUCAAUUAAAACGAAAUCUUCUAUUAACACUCGAUUGGAAUUUACCAGAUUUAGCUUUAUCAGAAAUUUUUCAACGUGAUGACGACAUUAAAUAUUCUAUUCCAAUAGAAUUAUUUGAUAAAGCUUUGCUUGGUAAAAAGCUUGAACCAUUUGUUGAUCUAUUUCUUGAUCGAGAAUUUGUUUUACAUCGAUAUUUAAAAUCGGACAAAUUAGUUAGUUUAUUUAAUCAAGCAAAAGAUAGAGAGUUUUUAACAACAACAUCACUCGAAGGAAUUCUCGGUUUGUCAGGCGAUGAAGAAGAAAUGCCACCAAAUUUUGUUGAACAUAGUCUUAACAUAAUUGUCAAACGUUUAACUGGUAUUAGCCAUUUUUUUAGUAAACAUGAAAUGGAUUGUAAUGCCAUGGGAAUUUAUUUUGGUGAUAAAUCAGACAAAGGGGUUCAACGGCAAAGAAUACGAGCAGAAAAAAAAGCUCUUCGACAUUUGAUUAUCUAUGCUGUAUUAAUGAAUCGUCAUCAACUGGCGAAAAUUCUAUGGAAGCGUUCAUCAGAACCAAUACCAUUAGCUUUAAUUUGUUGUAUGAUGUUUAAAAAAUUGGCACCCUAUUGUCAUGAAUCUUAUCAAAGAUUACUAAUAGAAAAACAAGCGAAAGAAUUUUCCGAUUGUGCACUAGGUGUUCUUGAUAAAUCAUUCAACGAAGAUAGCAUGAGAACAUUUGAAAUGCUUGAUGAAAAACAUACAGAUUGGAGUCAUAUGACAACUGUUGAACUAGCUUACAAUGCAGAUAAUAAGGAAUUUAUGGCACAUGCUGCUUGUCAAAAAUGGGUUACACGACAAUUUUAUGGAGAAAUAACACCACGUGAAAUUUCAUGGGGUUUAUUUAAAUGUCCAGAUUAUCUUAAGAUUAUUUGUUGUGCUAUUUUCAUAUUUCCAAUGUGGUUUUGGAUCAAUUUUUCUCCUAUUGGACAAGCACCACCGGCACCAAAAAAAUCAAAUGAUUUACCCAAUGACGGGAAAGAAGCGUUAGAGACAGAAACAAAAACUGAUGGAAAAGCUUUAACUGAACGUGUUAGUGAGGUCAAUAUUCGACAAGGAAAUGGUUUUAUUCAACGAAUCAAAGGGCGUCUUUCUCCUGGUAGUUCGAAACAACAAAAGAGUAUACCAGCACCAUCAAAUUCUGAUGAAAAACCGAUGAGUCAUUUUGAAGAAAUUCAAGUUUUAUGGUCGGCACCGAUAACAAAGUUUUACACCAAUUUUGUUGCUUAUCUUGCAUUUUUAAUGUUUUUUACAUUGGCUGUUUUGUGGCCAUCAUGUGGAAAUCUAUUGCUUGAUUGUUUCGUUUGGUUUUGGACAGCAGCAAUUGCUUUCGAGAAUACACGUGUGGCUUAUGAAAAAUAUUGUUCUCAAAGUAGUUUACCAUUACAACGAGCAGUAUUAGAAAUUAUUGUACAAACUUUAUUUCUUGCGCUUUACCUUAUUUUUAGAAUUAUUGGUCUAUGGAAUUUUGGCACUUGCCAAAUUUUAACAGCAAAAGCAAUAUUAGGUGUUGGAUUAAUUUAUUAUUAUUAUCGAAUAUUAUUUAUUUUUCUACCGAUCAGUCCAACACUGGGUCCAAUGAUGAUUCGGCUUCGAUGCAUGAUAAUGGAUGAUUUCUUUACAUUUUUACAAUUAUUCGUGAUAUUUAUGAUAUCAUCUGGAGUUGCAAUAACAGCUGUACUUUAUCCACAUUAUCCGCUUAGUUUAGAAUUGAUUACGAAAGCUUUCGUGUUUCGUGGCUUAAUGGCAUUGUUUAGUGGUGAAAUGUCUGAUUUAAAAAGUCAGCAUCAAGCAUGUACAAUAAAUGCGACAAGUCAAACAGAAAAAGAAUAUGCUUGUAUGCGAUUAUCUCAUGGUCUCUCGUUCAAAUAUGAUAAUCCUCAAGCAUAUCGUCGAUAUGGAAUAGUAUCACCAAAAUGCAAUCAAACAUCAUGGAUAGCAUGGUUUUUAUUAAUUCAAUACUUCUUUUUAGCUAAACGUUUUCUUACAUCGCUGUUAACAGCUAUGUUUGGUUUAACUGGAGCACGAGUACAAAGUCAAUCUCAACAAAUAUGGAUGUAUAAUCGAUAUGAAAUCGUUAUGGAAUAUGCGAAGCGACCACGUUUGCCACCUCCUUUUAUCGUUAUUUCUUAUAUUUCGAUGUUACUGUCACAUAUUGUUCGUCAAUCUAUCUUAAAAUUUCAAAAAACUUCCGAUAAAAAACAUUUACCUGCGCUUCUAAGUCUUACACAAUCAAUGACAACAGUGGAAAGUGAUUCUGAAAGUAAUUUAAAUGGCAUCAAUAGACUAGCAACUAAAACACCACAUGAGCAUUCGUUUUUUGGACGUUUACUUGAUUGUAAACCAUGUAAAGCCAUUGUAGAAAAUCAAAGACUAAAAGAAUUGGAUAAACGCUCCUGGGAAGAUAGUGAAGCUAAUUUAUAUUGGAAAUAUAAAGCUAAAGAAUAUUAUGCCAAAACACAAGAAGCUGAUAAAGUACAAGAAAAACUCGAUUGUCUAACAAAUAGUGUAACUAAUAUACAAAAAGAUAUGGAUGUACAACGAAAAUCUGUACGACAAAUCAAUGAUCGCGUUGUUUCAUUAGAAAAAUUAAUGGUUGAUUCGCAUAUAUUACUUGAAAAAAUUCGUUCAGCUAUUCAUCAAGAAGAUCGUUCAUUACCUGAAUGUCGAAAAUUUAUUCAUAUGUUGUCGAGAGAAUCACCAUAUAUUUAUACAAAUCGAGCACGAUUUCCUGUUACUGAAAGACAUAUUCAUUGGGAGGUACCAUUUGAUUUGUAUGAUCCAGCAAUCAUUACAUUACCCAAACAACAUGAAUGUUUUCAAGAUAUUGAAAGACUAUUCGUUGAACCAAAUAUGUUAAAAUCAAGUUUUGAUAGUGAUGAUGAAUCCCAAUUAGCUGCUGAAGCAACUGUAAUAACACCAACUUCACUUUUUCAACCAGAUCUAUUUGGAGCUGUUGGCCCACAAGUAACAACAGUAACAAAUGAUUUUACUAUUCCAUUCACAGAUAAUAAAUGGAAUCAAACAAUUGAAAUGCAACUAUCCGAUGGAAGAAAGAUCAUUCUCGAUCGAACUACUUGGACAGUUGGUGCUGGCGAUGAUAAAACAUCAUCAACAUAUCGUUUAGAUAAUCAACUAGCAGUGCCUUUAAAUCCUAUGGGUCGCACUGGUAUACGUGGUCGCGGUGCAUUAAUUCGAUGGGGACCAAAUAAAUCUAUAAUGGCCGUAGUAACACGAUGGAAAUCACAUCGUGGUCAAUUUGCUGUUGUAGAUGGACAACGUAUUUUAGAAGCCUUAGUGUUUAAGGAUAAGCUUACAAAUGAUUGGAAAUUACCAGGAGGAAAAAUUUUAGGUGUUGAAUCUCCCUAUGGUGCUGUAUGCCGUAGUUUUAAUAAACUUGCUUUUAAAGAUAAUGAUUCUGAACAUAGUUUAUCAUUAGAAGAAAAUGAUAUGAUAGAACAUUUCGAAUCAUUUGCUCGCUCAUCUACUGGUACGCUUGGACCGACUGGAUUUGAAUCUCAUAUGAUCUAUCGAGGAUAUAUUGAUGAUAUUCGUAAUACAGAUAAUGCUUGGACAGAAGCAGAAAUAUGGAAUUUUCAUUAUGGCUCAUCCAUAGUAUUUCCAAAUUUGCGUACUGAUGGUAUGUCUUUAUGGAAAGAUGUGACGAACAAUACCAGAGGUUUUCUUAUUCAAACAUCAAUAUUACGUGAAAUAGCUCGAAUUCAUGAUGCUUACUUUGAGUGA